AUGACAAAUAAACAAACAAAAAAAGGUAAGAGACCUUUACAGACGUCUCUUGGCAAAGCCCCAGGCCACAAUGAUAAGGAGGAAGUUGAUCUCUCUCAUGUUAAAAAGCCCAUUGAUACCAGUAUUUUUGGAUUAAGUCAGGUUCUUUCCCUGUUACAAACUGCCACAGAAGAGGUAAAAGGUUAUAUAACUUAUGAAUGUGAUAUAAUGUAUGAAUGCCGCAUUUGCAGAACGAUUUUUAGAAGCCUAGCUAAUUUUAUUCUGCAUAAAAGAAACUAUUGCAGGUCAAAGUUCAAAGUUUAUGUCUCAAAUUGCCGAGAUCACAUUCUGUUGGAAAAACUGCACCCUCAAGAGCCGCCUGAAGAACAGAAAAUUGACAGUAACUCUGACAGAGUCCAGUUGGAUAAACAGGGUCCUGCUGCAAAGAGUUUGACACCUGUCAUAGAAAAACUGAAGGAAAAGCAAGAAAUUAAGCAAUUGAUGCAAGAACUGUUAGUUACUGACCUGUCAAAUCAGACCAGCACUGAUGAUAAGGAUGAAGAAAAGUCGAUUGUGGCUGCUAAUGAUCUGUUACUGGAAGAAAUAGCAUCAAAUAAUGCAGCAGUUUUUCAAACUGUUUUACGCAGCUUGCCUCAGAGCGACGGUUGUAAACCGGAAUUUAUGAAAAGUGAAGUGAUGGAAAUCCACGGGAUCCUUGAUAGCGACGAAGCAGUUCUAGGGAAUGAUGGAAAAAUUUGCAACUUUCAAACCAACAAACUCAAAACCAAUCCGAACGUGCCGAAGACCUAUCUGAUUUGCACUGAAUGCAACAUGAGGUUUUCCACUAAAAAAACUCUAUCUUUCCAUUUGAAAAAUAAACAUAAUGACACCAGAUUGGUUUAUGUUUGUCCAGAUUGUAAGGAAACGUUCUCGAACUCUUGGUGCGUGUAUAGGCAUCUCUAUAAGGUGCAUCGUAAGACGAUAGCGCAGGUGAAAAGGCUGAGGGAGCAGGUACACAACAGCAUGAUUAGAAAAGAUCAAGAUACUAAUAAGAAGAGUGACAAGAAGGAAUCGUCCAAUUUGGAUAAGACAGAUGAAGAAAAUCAGUGGCUGAACAAUAUCGAAGGUGACAAGGACUUCCAAAUGUGCGGCGGAUGCGGCAAAAGGUUCGAACGCAAGGCGGCGCUGCAUUCCCACGCUGCCAUGUGCACCAAACGCAUAGCCGUUUGCAACACGAUCAAGGACAAUGCCAAGAAAAAGGAAGAAUCUAAGGAUGUCAAAAAUAAAGUUACUAACAAUGCCAAUAAGUCGUCCGUUCCUGAAUCUCAAGAAACACUUAAAGGAGCUUCUAAGAGAAAGCCCUAUUUACUCCGCACUUACAAGCAACCCCCCAUCGACAACAUACCUAAGAGAGAACCGGCCUGCGACACGGUACCGUGUGAUUCAAAACCAGUUUUGGAUGAAAAGGAUUGUGAUAUGCAAACUGAUGAACAAGUUUCCUCGAAAUCCAAACCUAGAAAAAAUAGUUCGGACAGCGAUCGCAAAUCUGAAACUAGCGAUCGUAAAUCAGACACUAGCGAUCUUUGCACAACGAUCACUCUAGUAGAUGAUCAUGAAGUGUCCAGUGUGAAUGAUAAAAACGAAACGGUGAUGAACAAGAUCUGUGAUGAUGACAAUUCGAAUUGUUCUACCUCAAAGGGUAGUAGUGAUAACGUGGUUUUGAACAAAUUAGACAAAAAAAGAGUUGACCAUGGACAGUCGCAUCUGAAAGAUGGGGAGUGUUUCUGUUCUUCGCCGGCCAGGCUAGAUUCAGAGAAGAUGUUAAACAUUAUUGCAUCUUCCCUUACAGGUAUUAUUCCAAACGAGCGAAUAGAAUUGCUUAAAGAAGGUUUGCCGUCUCCGUCCUGUCAAUCGCAGGAAAAGUGUCAUAACGCUAGCGAGUUCGACCUGUUCUGCCAAAAGGUCGCCGAACAUAUGCUUAAAAUUCAAGACGAUCCAGAAAAAUCAUCUACUCCUUCCCUAGAAGAGGUUGGUACCAAAAGUACCGAAGAAAGUAUUGGAAACGUUUCCGAGUUCCAAAGCCCUGGCAAAAUUAGCAUCAGGAGCUUGGAAGAAUUGAGGGGAUUCCCUAAGGAGCAACAAACUACUGAAACAAUCAUUGACGAGGAGAUGCCUGUUUUAGAACUGAGCGUGACUCCGAAAAGUCCCAAGAAAAGUCCUAGGAGGCUCGCAAAGAGAAAGAGAACGUCGUCUUUGGACUCGAUACGGACGCACAAGACUUUUAAACAGUCCAAUUUCGACGUAUUAUUAGACAAACAGGAUUUGAACUUUAUGGCGAAAGCUUCGCCGCACAUGGACCGAGCGAGAUUGACCUGCAAAUCCUGUCAAUCCAAGCACACAUCUCUCUCGAAACUGCUGUGGCACAUGUCGGCCCACUUUUCUUGGUUCAGGUUCCAAUGCAGCAGAUGUUCAUUUGUGUCUUUUGGAAAAUCGGAGUGUGCAGCGCACGCAAAAGACGCACAUGAAAUCAGAACUGAUGAGAUUUCGAGUGUUGUAUUGCCGAUACCCAACUGGAAAACGUUGUUGAUGUCAAAUGAAUUUAGGGAGUUGAAGAAUGAUGACGAUUUUGGCGGAAAGCAUACCGAUGAGGUAAAACCGUGCUGCCAGAACGAAACCUCUUGGACGGACGACAAUGAAGAUGACCCAGCCAAAAACCUCAUCGACACGCUGUUCGUCGAUUCGGAAGUUGACGAAGUAGAUUUCACGGACAUCCACGAAAUCGAAUCGUUCCCGAUGCCGAUAACGAACGAAAUAUCGUCCGUAAAAAACGUGAGCAUCGACGUCACCGAAAACGAGCAGGAACAUUUUCAGCUCGAAGUGCCGCAGGAAAUUUAUACGCUGGACGUUUUCGAGGUGAUAAACAUCGACGAAAACGAGCCCAGACGGCCUGUCAUCAAGGAAGAAAUCGAAGACGGUGCCUUUUUAUUACCGAAUUGUUCGACGGCCAGUCCCGAAUUAAUCGAAGGCGCUAAAUUGGAGUGUGAAGAGGUGAAACAUUCUGCUACAAGUUUAACCAACAACAGACCGACUAGGAAUCGAAUGAGAAGCAUAAAAACCCUCCAAAAUGACUUUUUUUAUGAUUUGGGUAGAGUCGUGAAACGUGAAGUCGAUGGCGUUACCAAGACGAACGGCCCACAGAAGCAGAAAAAGCAAAACAGCGGCUCGAAUGUAUCGAAGAGAGACAAAGAGAUGCGAGUCUAUACGAAAAAUAAGUGA